CAGAACAGCAGUAACAAAAACACUAUUAAACUAAAAAGGUGCUCUCCAAGUGAGAUGUUUGUAAUUAGCAAUCCUUGCCUGACAGCAAUCGGAAUGCCAAGCCUGCAAUACAGUGUUUACAAUUUGAAAAAGCUGACGCAGCGUGAAUAAGGAUCGAUAUGUUGUUUGCUACGCAAGACUAGGAAGACAGACAAGCCCCAGUGAUAGACAAGAAUACAAGAAUAUGGCACAGCUACAUGGAAGGAGAUACAUCAAAGCUUUUGUUAGUGGCUUUUUUGUGGCCGUACCAGUCACUGUUACCUUUCUUGAUCGUGUGGCGUGCGUGGCAAGAGUGGAAGGUGUUUCAAUGCAGCCUUCCUUGAACCCAGUUGGAAGAAAUCAGUCUGAUGUAGUUCUUUUAAAUCGGUGGAAUGUUCGAAAUUAUGAUGUUCACCGCGGGGACAUAGUUUCUUUAGUAUCUCCUAGGAACCCUGAGCAGAAGAUCAUCAAAAGAGUGGUUGCUCUUGAAGGUGACAUUAUAAAGACACUGGGCCACAAGAACAGAUUUGUCAAAGUGCCAAGGGGGCAUAUGUGGGUGGAAGGUGACCAUCAUGGACAUAGUUUUGAUAGCAAUGCUUUUGGACCGAUUUCGCUUGGACUCUUGCAUGCACAUGCUACUUACAUAUUAUGGCCUCCUAAUCGUUGGCAGAAACUAAAGACUCUGCCAUCUCUGGAACGCCAUCCACUGCCGAAGGACAAUUGACAUUAGUUUUAAUAAUUUACAAAAUAUGAAGUGGUCUUAUAUUUCAAAGGUUCUCUCAUUUUCAUACACAAUAUAACACAC